GCUCUAUCGUAAUCUAUGCAAAGUUUUUUAAUAUCUCGCGCACGCGCAGACAAAAUGCCGAUCCGUUGACUGGUUACGAAAAGCAUAUGCAAAUUUCUCUCUUGUUGAAUUUCGUGGAAAUAAGGGAACGAAUCUGUAUAUUAAAGAUUUUUCGAUUCACGCCAUCAAUUCAGUGGAUGCAGCCAUAUCUACUCAGAAUUUACACGUAAGUGGCUCUACUUCAAAAUCGAAAUGGAGGUUCUCCAGCAAUGGGGUAAGUAAUGUUUCAUAAUAUACUACACAAGCUGAAUAACUUACACAAACAAUAAUACUUAGCAUACAGCUUGUGAGUGUUCUUGUUUCGAGCAACUACGAGAUGCUUAAGGAAGGAUGUAUAGCUGCAAGUUCUGAAUUAGAAUCAUGCGAACGUGCAUUUUGAAUUGAAAAACGUAAACUUAGCCGCCAGUCUCGGGUGUUGGAUCUCUCGCCGACAAAUUUUCCACAGCGUUUGAAAUAAAUAGACUAGUGAAUACAUAAGUUCUACUGGUACGUUAUAUGUUCGAGCCAUCUGAGCUUAAUGGUCACAACGUCUCAAGUAUCAAACAAGAAGCUGUUGGAUCCUGAAAAAAUAUACAAGAUUAGAGAGCUUGUCUACCAGUAUUUUCUGACAAAACUCAUCUGAACGUGAGCUAAUUAGGCGUGACUUUCGAAAGGCCAUAGAUACUUACCUGCGUUCGCGUGAGCCAAAGACACUCAAACGUGAAAUGAAUUAUAGGAAACAGUUUAAUUAUUUAAACGAAAACUGAGAAAUAUUUUAGCGCCGAUUAAAAGUAAACAAGACCUAUGGGCGAAAGUUGAUAUAGCCAACUUCUCGAUCGAGUCGCAUCUUUCACAGUGAUUUCAAAUUCUUCAGACGAAGUUGUCGUGAUCUCAGGCUGGUAUCAAAGUAAUUAUUCACAAAUCCUGUGGAAUCGUGACAAGUCGUUUCAACGUUUCAUUGAAACAGCAGCCAUUAGGUCCCUUAGAUGUUGAGAUAUGUAACUGUCGAUUUGACGCUUCGGCAGCGGCAUUUUGAGAGAGAGAAAACCUUUGUUUUCCGAAACAAUGCAGGACAGAGCAAGCUGACUGCGUUGAACGCGAAAAAUGUGCGUAGGUUUUGCGUGUGCGUUGGCCAUCUAUCUCUGAGCUGUACUGUAUUCAUUACAAGUGAAUGACCGUCACCCUCUCCGGUUUGUCCGGUUAGGCUUCACGUUAUGCUAUGGAAAUUAAAAAUGGCACAAUAAUUUGGUUUGUUUUUACGUCUCCUUCCCUUGUUGUAAAUGUAUGAAGUAUGAAAUUCUAUCUAUGUUGAUACUUUGGUCGGUUUCUGGGUCAACUGUCGUGCUUUGUUUGGAUCGCAUUCGAAGAGACUACAAAGUGAGACUUAGAAACUAGUCAAGUUUACGUCGGUAGUGAGGCUUGGGUUUGGAUCCAAGUUCGAGUUCGAGUUGGACUUCGAGAAUUUCAUCUAUGGAUAAAUACAAAUAACUCGUAUUUUCUCUCUGAGCUCGAAAGAAACAGGAAUGUUUGAAUUGUGAAAGUUAGCCUUCGCAUUAGGAAAGUAAGGAAAAUGAAGUAGUGUUGACAUUGAAUGCAGGCUUGACAACGGGCCCCUGGGAAAUGGAAAAUGAGGCCUUGGUUGAGUUGUUUUGGUGCAAACAACUCUUUACUUGAAUCAAGUCGCAACUGAGAUUUGAAUGUGUUUCCUUGGGUCACUAAAUAACGGAACAAUGUAAUUGAUGUCUGAUGUCUGAAAAUUAUGACAGAUAACUAAAUAACCCUGUAGCUCAGAUAUAUUUGAAUUUCUAAAAAAUUUUUUUCCAUUAUUUAGCUUGUGUUGCAAACUAAACUACGUGUUAGAGUUAUUGAGAGGAAACUGUAUGUAUGACUGUAUGUAUGACUGUAAACAAAAUACCUGUACAUCUAAAGGAUUAUAAGACUAUUCAUUAGAGGGGCUUUUCCUUGAUAACCAAAGUAUUGUGGCAAUAUCAUAGAUUGUACACUGACUACAAAGCAGUAGUUAAAAAAAUACAUGAAAGCAAGUCCAAAAACAGCGUAAGGAACAGAGCAGACUUUUGAGUCAGGGUCAGCUUUCAUUCAUGGUUGCCUGAGGAGUGACAUGCAACGCCUGCUAUGUGGAAUGUAAGGGGAGAAAAGGUUUUCUUAAUUGAUAUGGUAAUUGCACCUUGUUAACUCCCAAAAUUUCUCCUGUGAGUGUUAUACUGUUAAAUGUAUGUUCAUUCGGUUUUUUUAUCGUGAUUGGCAAGAUUUCUGUAAAUGGAACGGAUGGUGUGAUUUUAGUCCUUGUUUUUGCAGAGUCAAUCAGAAAAUAUUUUUGCAUUUCCCUCUGCAACUGCACUCAAAAACUAUUGCCAUAACACAACUCUUGUUGUGUCUGAAGGGUCUAAAAGGUGUGCCUGAAUUAUUCUCAGUUUUCCAGACUGUAAAACAUUUGAUGGGGGACAGGUGAAGGACUUUCGCUUCAAGCCGCCCAACGCAAACACUGCUUAGUGUGGCCAAAGUUACACUGCUUGGUAUUUCAACUCUUGGAAAGUCUAUGUUUGAAUAAUAUUGUAUUAUCUCUGUUAGUAUCCACUCUAACCUUUCUUAAUUCCACUGGAACAUUGCUUUUACUGUACUUACUGAAAUACUUUCGUUUUGGCGGAGAAAAGCAGACAGCUCUGAUAGUCUUGUGCUUCGUCUGUAAUUGAAAAUCAAAGUACUUUCCAUUUUUAAUCUGUGAAACAUUGUGAACGUAUCCUGUAGCAACAGCAGAUUGUAGAAUUUUAUCCACAGUGGUCUCUGGAGUUGUAUGAUUGUUGCAUGGACUUUCAGUGACAGGGUGGAAGAAAGAAGUUCAGGUUUGAGGUUAGUGGUGGUAAUUUGGGGUUUUUCACUGAGGUGUGCUGUUUCCUGGUCAGAAGGUACAUGACCUUUAUUGUUAUCGUGUUGUUCCUCACAGUUCAGCAGAUGUGACUCAUCAAUUGAACUGUCAACAUUCAACGGCUCAUUCUCCAUGUCUGUGGCAGAUGAGAUAAGCAAACUUUCUGCAUUUUCUUCAUCUUGGGUAUUUAAAGCUAUUAAAGGUUAGCAGGUAUCAUUGGAGUUUCUUUUCUUUCACACUGAAAGGAAAGAGGCAAAAAUUAUUCCAUACUAGCAGACAAUUUGAAAGUGUAGAUUGGCAGAAUAGUUAACCCAAACGAUAACGUUCUUCUCUCAGCUUGUACAUCUAACUAAUAUUCUUUCUGUAUCCUUCUACCAGUGAAUUAGGCAUUUUUUUAGACAUGAUAACAGAUGUCUUACAUGUCUUAGUGGGUGAUAUCUCAAAUGAAAGUACACGAAAUUAAAGUGUGUUUAUACGGGUUGUCAAUCGAUCUCGACAGAAUUUAACCAACUUGUAAAAUUAUUAUGAUGAAGUAUUAAUUUAUGUUUUAUCAGAUUGUUAUAAAGCUGUUUGCAAGGCUUUCUUUACGGAGUGCAGUCUUAGAUAUUCAUAAGACUGAGUGGAAGGAAAUUCCAUUGACAAUAAAAUUGUUCCUUUUCUAGUUUGUUAUUACAUUUCGUUUUUAUUGUGCCAAAUUUCUGAAUGCAUUACUACCACACCCUUCAUCUCAUUGUUAAGUUUUUUUUUAAUGAAAUGUCACAAACUGUAUACAGUUCUACAAAGUUUUAUACAUGUAUUUGUAUAGUUAUUCCUAUGGCAUUAUGGUCAGAAAAGACUGGUGUGCAUGUCUAUUAUGGACGCGGUCCAGUAAACUACCAAAAAUGAAUGUAGGCCUUUUAUGCAAAGACUCCAUCGACAAUGUUAGAGGUUCUCUAUCUUUGCUAUUUAAAUAGUUGAUGAUGAAAUCUUCAAGGAGUUUAUCAACUGUAUGAGCUCUGAGUAAAUACUUCAGGCCAUUGACAAAUUCUUGAAUUUUCAAGUAAUUUUUACGACAAAUUAAAAUAAAGGAAACAUUGUGCUUUACUUCCUUAUUGUCGCGAGAAUCCAAAUUUUUAGCACAUUCAAAGAAGGAGAACGUUUCUGAUACACAGUGCGAAUAUUCUUUUUGAUGCAAACUCCCAGACUAGAAAAUUUAUCUGAAUCAUUAUCAUGCAGGUAAGAGGUAAGAGGAAUCAAGAAAUAUCCGAGUCACCAUCUCUUGGUAAAAGUUGUUUAUCGGUGAAUGCCAGGAUAUCGCUCUUUCAGUGAUUUACAUCGUGUCUAACACAGCCUUUUUUUCUAAGAGAACGUAUGUUGAGAAGACAUAACUGUACAACUGAAUUAGCAUCCACUUUUUCAUUCACCGAUAUUUCUUUUUCUCGGUUAACACAUGUACUCCUUAAUUUGUCAUAAUCCUGAUAUACUUUAGGAUCUGCCUUGACAUAGUUCUUGUUGAUUUCUCCGAGAAUGAUGUGAAGCCCUUGAAGUGAAGUCGAUCAACUCAAUGCAACGUACACUUGUAUAUACCACUGUUGAUUUUUGUGUGAUUCUGUCAAGAUAAAUUUUAACCACAGUUUCCAUUUGGCCAUUAAAUAAUUCUAUCUCCGAUAUCGAUGUUUGUAGUAAGCAUUACUUUGGCACCUUCUUUAAUCUUAACUUCAAAAUCAAGUCCACCAGUUACUGAUAUCCCCUCUAAACAAUACUCAGUCAAUGUUCUAUUUCGUAACAUUAAAUUUUUAUAGGUACUAGUCAGAGGUUCUCAGUACAACUAUUCUAGAUUUUUGUUGUUGUACUCACAGGACAAUUUUCUGCCCAGAUGUGAAGAGCAUCAGAUGGGUAAUUGUCAGGUGAUGCAGAUAUUAACCGAGUAUUAAUACACUUUAUAUCCUUUUCUGUUUGUAAAGCAGCUCUAAAUCUGUUUAAAACCGCAGUGAACUUCGGAUCAUCUUUUUGUCACAUGAUCUCAAUUCAUUCUUUUAUUUGGAACACACGCCAUGGGUGGCACAACGUGUAAGAAUCAUUUUUAAAGCUUUCAAAAAUAAGUUUCCUCUCAAUCGGUGGUAACUGGAAUAAAUCUCGUGCUUAAGCCUGCAAACAGUUGAGAGACAGAUGAACCAAAAAUGUACUCUAGCCUUUGAAGUAUUUCAAGCAGUGUGAUGCUAGAAAUCAUCGAAAUUUCAUCUAUUAUAGUAAGCUUCAUUUCAGACAGAGAAACACUUAUCUCUGUCUUCUUUUGAUCAGACAUCGGAAGAAAGUUAUCGCCUGUUUCUUUUGGAAUAACUAAAGCAGUAUUAACUGUUGUUCCACCCGUGUUUAUGACAGAAACCCCUGUUAGCGCCAUCAACAGAACUGUUGGCAGAUUAGCAUUGCCUCUUGCAUGUCUAAAUGUCUUUGCUGCUGUGUGAUAUAUUGUCUUUAUCAAAUGACCUUUGCCGGAUCCAGGACCCCUGGUGAUACAAAGAUACAUUGGGUCUUUGUUUUCAGGGUUUUGAGUAAGCAUAUAUUUUAUCUUGUUUCUGCACCAAAAAAGGACAGUAUCAUAUGCAAUACACCGUUUGUUGUUUGAUGACCUCACAGAUUCUCGAAGCAAGUCCUACGAAAUUUCCUCUGGUUGAAUAUGGGAUGAGAUUGUUGGAACAGUUGAUGCACGAUCAGAGAUAUAUUUUGAGGCAAGAUGUGACAGUAAUUGUUCAUCAAAUAAUUCACCAUCACUUUCACUAUUGUCUUGCAUAUCCACUUGUAACUGGUCAUUUUCUUGGUCUAAAGAAUAAAAAAGAACGCCAUAUGGUUAUCUUCACUGUUUCUUAAAGCUUCUAGUACUUUUGAGACAGCCUCUGCAUCAGGUUCAAAUAGUCCUCUAUUUAGUGUAACAACAGACUGAGCUUCAGCCUUCCUUUUCCUACAUUUCAUUACUUUAUUGGUUUUGAGUAGUUUCAUUUUGGGAGGUAAGUAGCUUGUGACACCAGAAUCUGUGCUUAGCCGGUAAUUGAACAUGUAAUUCUGUGGCAUCUUCUGUUAGUAUUUCUGAUUGUGCAUCAUUUAUGCAGUCAGUCUUGUAUACUUGGUAACUGUCAGUAUUCCUGGUUGUGCAUCAUUUAUGCAGUCAGUCUUGUAUACUUGGUAAUAGAAUGCAGCAAAUUCAACCAAGUACAAGUUAUCAACAGCAGCAAUUGUAUUGGGUUGGAUAACGUAGCGUUCUAUCAUAUUUGAUUUAUGUAUGUAUGCGCUAUCAUCAUGUAACUCGUUAAGUUCUGGCUUACUCUUUCCAACUCUAACUCUCUUCUCUGGGAAAUCAAUGAACACACAAACUGUUCUUGGAAAACUUUCCUUAACCAAAGCUCUGGCAUACAUCUGUAUACACAUUCUUGUGAACCAGCUUCACUACCUGAAAGAAAAACUGCUCCUAUUUUCUUCAAGCCAUCUCUAAUGUUCAAAUUUGAGGCUUAAACUUCCUUUGCUGCAUUCACAAUAGCCUGUGAACAUUCAAGUCCAUCCCCUGUGAAGUAGGAGCAAACAAAGGUUACACAUUUGUAAUGAUUAAAAACAGGCUGCAGGUCAACAUUGCUUCGAAAACCUUUGAUCAGCGACAAAAUAGUUAUAUAUAAAACAACUAUCAGCCCAGGACGAUGCCACAAACCAGGUGAGUAUUCUAAGCUGUUUUACCAUGGCUACAAUUCUGCACACGAACGUUUUCCAGUAGGGAGGUGUACCUGGUAUCUGCCUUAGAAACAAAUAAGCCUGGUCUUGACGUAAAAGAUUUUAUAAACUUUGCACACUGGACCUUAAAUUUGAUGCAGUAAGAGACAGUCCAUGAACUUUUGUGACAGCUAUAUUAAUACUAUCGGAUUCUUUUUCCUGUUCUUUUAUGAACUGUGCAAAGAACAAAUACUCAGCAUUCAUUGCAAAUCUGUUACUGUAAUUUGACAAACGGGCAUUGAAGUAUCUUGUUGGUGAUAAGCAAACUGCUCUCUCCACCAUAUACCUAAAUCUACCUUUUGGGAAUAUAACUGGAAAAGGCCAGAUCUUUUUUUCAGUCAUUAAUGAAACUGGAUGUUUAGUUUCACCUGGUGCAACUAUAUUGAAAACGUCAUUUGCAUCUGAAUGCAAUGCCUGAAGAUAACAGGGUUAAAUAAGACUGCAAGCAAGUUUCUGUAGUGGGUGCUCAAAAUUAAUUUGAAGGAUCCUCUCUCUCUUCUUCAUUUUCAUCAUCAGUUGUUCUCUGUUCACUAUUUCUAUCACUAAUUGGACACACUUCACUAUCCUUUUGUGAGCUAAUUUACAGAUGCAGUUCAGAAAGACUUUCAUGAAUAUUUGUAGCAUUCACUUCUAUGCCAUUAUACAAAGGGUUAUUAACAUUCGGCUAAUUCAGAGCAUUGAGCACAAUGUCAGGGUGUACAGCUUGAAAAUAAACAAGACUUGUAACGAAAGUUUUCUUUUCAGUUUUAGCAUAACCAUUCCUGACCUUUCAGGGGUCUUGGCAAAACAUUGCAAGUUUAAUCGUAGUCUACUGGAACAUUUCAGAUCGCCCCUUGUGUUUUACGUUGUUGACCUUAGAGCAUGAGAGCAACUUUUUUCAAACACAAUGGGCUGUGCCAUGAGAAUCUGUUCAAGUUUUUCCAGACAUCCUAGUUCUAAGGGAAUUUUAUCAACGUCUAACUUACAAACAGAGUUACAUGUUUACAUGUUUACAUGUAUGACUCUUUAACAGCGUUUACAACUUUCACGAGGUUCGGAGCUUCAAUGCCGGGCUUACCAAGUAGUGCAGAUCCCAAAUCCGCUAAAACAAAGAUUUCCUGCCUUGACUCCAAGUGAUUGGCUUUUAAGGUGGCGGAGAUUACUCCAGCGACUUUGAGCUUGUACCCAUCAGGCCCUGUCGAUGUCCUCUUAGUAUUUUAAAUGUAGCAUUCAGCCUAAGAACGAUGAGGUCAGGAGCAGCUGAGAGAUCAGCUCCAGCAUCGAGUUUAAAUUCAACGCUAUUGCCGUUAAUAGAGACAUUUGUUUUCCAAGGAUCUAUGUGUAGACUAUCAUUUUCGUCCGAACUAAGGGCACCAAGAAAGUAAUCUGUAUCAUCCUCUACGACUGCAUUUACUUUUCAGCUUGGGCAAACGGCUGAGAAGUGACUGUUCUUUUUACAUUUUCGGCAAUAGGCAUCUUUGGCAGGACACUGGGUUCUUUUGUGAGCUGGACUUAAACUACAUCGUUGGCAGACAUCAUUGCUUACAUCGCUUUGGAUAAGCACUUUGUACCGAGUGCUUGUAGGUUUUGCCUUGAGGAUUCUGUGAUGUCCUUAGAGACUUCUGAGGUUUGGACUUGUGAACUCCGUCCACUUCGGCUGGUUGACUUGCGUCAUCUUGUCCUCUAACUAUAGAUUGUUGCUUCUAACUGAUUCGCUCUGUCGUACCCUUUUAAUGGCUUUUUCCAAGGUAAGGUCUGCAUCCAACUGGAACUUUUCUGAAAGCUUUUGGUCAGCUAGACCCACCACAAUACGGUCACGGAUCAUUUCGUCGUGUAACAAACCAAAUUGACAAUGUUCGGUAAGGCCAUAUAAGUCAGUGAUAAAGAAAUCAACCGGCUCACUGGUUUCUUGCUUACGUCGUCAAGUUCAAAGAAGUUAUGUACAGUACAAAUAUACUUGAUUUUCUUACAAAUGCAAGUGUUACAACAGUCAGAACAAAGUGUCUGACUUGUCACUUGAGGAAGAAAAAGACUUGUUAAAUCUUCUGUCAUCAUCACAACAUUUGCUUUCACUGUAAAUAUGACACUAAAUACAGCAUGAGCUAAAUAAGCCUAAACAGGUUCCCGAACCACGGCCACAUCUGUCCGUUCAUCAUAGUUUUCUAACUGUAAACAUGCAUCUGAUAUAAUUUGAAAAAACACAUUGCAAUUGAUCUCUCCUAGAGAGUCCUUAAGAAUAUAGCAAAAGCAAGUUCAAGAAAAGAGUCAACUUCCCCCAUGUUAGGUAAUCCGGAUUCCGGAAUCCAGGAAAUUUUUGUGGAAUCCGGAAUACUGGGCAUUGGAAUUCAGAAUCCAGCUUUUGGAAUCUAGAAUCCCGCUAAAGAAUGAAUCCAGAAUCCAUUUACUGAAAAUAUAUUUCGAAUCGCAUCAAUGGCUUUCAUGCGCAUUCAUGCAACCAUGGUCAGGCUAAAACGCAGGCUACAGACCGUACAGGCCGCGCUUAUUUCGCUCGAGAAUUUCGACCGUUACAGCCCACGAGACACUGACAAAUUUAUUCAUGACCUAUUACCCAAUUGACUUCAACGCUGACAUGGCCAAAGUUCUCUAUUAGCUAUCGAUCAGUCUUCUGCUCCGAUUUAAAAACCUUAAUUCCUAGUAAAGUUCGAUUUUAGCUUGCAGCACUUUCUUUACUGAAGAGUUCAUUGGGCUGUCUUGUGAAGAUCUCAGUAAUAAUUUGCUUCGUCCUCACAACACAUUCCUUAUCUCUGAGUCAGCGUCACUGUCUACACAAAUUACAUCUGCAGUACAUCUUGCCGCGUGGGGCUAAUCUCCAUGUGCUCGAAAAACUGGAGCCUGCGAUUUUGUUCUGCUAGGGAACGUAAGCUCGAAAUAAUCUCGUAAAAUUUCGUCAUGUGGCGUCCAAAAACUGGAAACAGUUCCAACGUUACCAAGGGCAAGAAAAAAGUGUAUACACCUUGAUCAUAGGUAAAUCACAGUUAAAAAAAAAAGAAAACCUAUAAAUUUCAAAGUCUGCACGAUCUGCGGUCUAUGUUUCAUCAUGACCGAUGCAACCACUGUAGAGUGCGGUUCACUCACGUGGUCAAUGGGUGUGCAAAUUUAGAGGGACAAAAGAAAUUGUUUCGAUAACAAAAGCGUUCAAAUCCCACAGGAUUUGCUUGCAACAACAGCACGGCGACGGACCACAUGUUUCCAAUUAUAAUAAACUUUGAACAAAGAUAUAUGGAUAUUUAUAAGGGCCGGCAGAGGUCUAGCUCUAAGUCGAAUUUUCGGCAUUUAAACGUAAACCGCUUUCUUUGAUUUUUGGCAUUCAGAAUACUAAAAUGUUAGAUUUCAUAAGGCAUCAUAUCUCAGUGCGAAUAAACUGAGAUAUUAUCAGAUUUGAGGGUCAAACAACAUUUUCUAGAAAAGAAAAUGGCGGUGGGCUACCUUAAACUUUUAGAGUCAUUGCUCUAAAUAAUUCAUAGCCGACGUUAUGUGACUUGGCUAACCUUUUAAAGUAUAGAAAAGAGAAUUCUUGGAAAAUACCGUGUAAAUUCAGAUCUUUCGCGAUUUUGCGAAGGUUUAAGUAUUGUUGAGCUCGUUGAACACAGUUUUAUGCGCAAUCUCAUAAUGUCGAACAUCAUCGCCAAUUACAUAUAGGAAAACGAGCUUUUCUUCGUCAUAUGAAUAAAGGGGUAAGUUUCUAAAGAAACUGUGGUGCUGCGUCGGUGGGAGAGUAUAGCAGGUAAUUUAGUGUUAACAACUGGGUUUAAAACGUAAAUUAGCCACCGUAAAGGAUAAAAAAGCUGACGUUUCGAGCGUUCGAACCUUUACGGUGGCUAAUUUACGUUUUCCACCCAGUUGUUAACACUAAAUUACCUGCUUUUCUUAGUCAUAGUGUGCGAUUUAUUUGCGACCUACACGAGGUGUUAUUAAAAUUAUAUUUCAGUUAAAAUUUCUCGUCAAUACCAUGGUUUUUUUUUAAAGGAAAGUUAAAAAAAAAGUAAUUUGAAAUGAUAGGAAAAACUGUUUCGAGCUGUUUUCUUAGCAGCUCUAAGUCAAUUUUGGACACAAAAAUUGGCCAUCUUUUCUCAGUCGGAACAAUGUUAUGGUAAGCUAGAACAACUUUUUAGUCCAACAGUUAUUUACAAAUUAAAAAUGAUAAGCAAUGAUGUACGACAGCUUUUGAAGAUGCAUGACGAACAGAGGGUAGUUGUACGGAGAAAGUAUGCCGUGAAGCAAGAUUAUAAAUUAUACUACCCCACCGUCGGGGCUCAGUGAUGUUGUAGCCACCGAAAGAUCGAUUUAAUGGCCGCCACAAUGGGCUUUGUGUUUCACAUUGUUUGGUCUGAAAUGUAUCUAAAGCCAUACAGCCCACAAUAAGCAAUGGGUCUCGCUGAUACUGUCACCAUCGACAGAUUCAUAUCAUCGCUGCCACAACAGGGUUUGUGUUUAAAAUUGCCUGGGUUGAAAUGUAUCCCAAUGCCAUACAGCUCACAAUAGGCAAUAGGUUUCAUUUGUGAACAUACAUCGAUGCGAUACUUCCUACUGUGACAUAGGCUAGAAAAUAUUUUUCUAUUGAUGAGGCCCAUAACUUGAACGCCGCGUCGACUGCUGUCUGAAAUAGGCUCGCAAUGGAGAUGUUGACGCCGCUUUUCGUUAGGAACUUCGAAAGCAAGUAUCGAAUCUUUUUCCUCCGUCUGCCGUGUAAAAACUUCGAAAGAUGUGAUAACUUAGACAUGUAAACUCUAAAAGAUACAUAUUAAUUUUACUCCUCUAAGAACACACUCUCACCAACCGGCGCAAAGAGAUCGUCUGUAAAGAAUACACGGUCGAAAACACGUGAAAUGGCGAAACAUACUUCAUUUCCAGUUGAAGCCAAUGGCAUCAUGCCAUAUAAGUUGCACCUCCCAAGGGAUCAUGUUGAAGCCAAUGAAAUUGUACAACAUAGCAAACUUCCGAUGUAUAUAGCAUUUCUUACAACAUGGAACGACCGAAUUUUAAACCAGGCUUUCCUCAGUUGAGGUAGCUCAGGAAUAAAAGUUGAAUUACACGCACUACACUUAGCAAAAUCUUGCUGAUAGUGUUUUUGUUUGUUUGUUUGUUUGUUUGUUUUUUUGCAGGGCACCUCAUGGCAUAACGGUGUGGUGGAAGCCAGCAAGUUCAUAUUGAAUGGCUAGGGAAAGUACUGCAGUUGGGGCAGAGGCAGCCAGGGCCGCUCUUGAGGCAUCAGCGUCAAUCACUGGAGGGGCCCUCUCAGUCUCAUUGAAAAUUGACAACCCCAUUGUGGCAGGAGUUGCCUUGGCAGCGGGUGCGGCGGUGACGUUGGGUGCAUUUUAUUUACGUUACAGGUGGAAAACAGAAAAUGCGAUUAGAAAUAGCCUAGAAAGAAUGAAUGCGAUUGGAGCAGCUGAUCCUGAGGUCAUAAAUAUUGAAGAAGGUUCCAUCAUUGUGAAACUCCGUUGCCAUACACCGCAGAGUGUACUACAAUUUGUGAAGGACUUUAAGGAGAAGAAAGUGAAGCGUCGAUUGGAAGAAGAGCUAAAAAAAAUUGGAUUUGACAAAGAGUUAGAAGUAACUAUCGUAAAUGGCCAAGAGGUAUUCCAGAGAGAACAAGAACUAAGGUAAAAAGCGAAAUCAAUUCUUUGUAGAUAGUUUAAUGAAACUUUUUCAUAGGAUUUCUAAAAAUCCAAUUUUACAUUUGAAAAUACAAUCUUUCUCUGAAUAUUUCUACUCAGAAACACGAAACAUCACAAUAAGCUCAAAUUUUAUAACUUUUAAUAAUCUUCUGCAGGUCUUUACUUGAACCUCAAGAAGACGUAAAAGUAACUGUUGAGGAAGUUAGCCUAGGUGAGUAUCAAAGCGGGAAGUCUUCAAAUAAACAUAGGUUCCACGAGGAACCGCAGGGUCUUGACCAAAAUCCCAACUAAACCAAUGCAUUCCUCUAGUAUUUGAUACACUCAAGUUGCCCCACUCAACGAUUAUCGCACUGAAAGCUAACAAAGUAUAAUAUUAUUUGUAUUAAAUUUAAGAAUGUUGACGAUAGCAUACUCUGUGCGUUAGCAUCGAGAGGGGCUCAAGAGAGGGAAUUCGUAAAGGAUCGAUAUAACCUAAACUGAUACCACAAAAAAAUUGCGAGGAAACCAAGGGCGAAUCAUGCUACACCAUACAAGCUAUACAAGUAGGCGUGAUUCAGCUCCCAAAGCUAUUGAUAACACCUUUAACGGAUGGGCAGAUCUCGUAAUCGUGUAUCAGUGCAAUCGAACAACAUAAUGCAUGAUUUAGCUACAUUAAGAAGGCCUAUCAAAAUGUCUACUUAAUGACAAAAUUCAGCACUUUGAUCAAAUUUAAUUGAAAUAUAUAGUGCCUUAGGGUUCUCUUUUAAGAGCACUGUUUUGCUUUCUACAUCGUAAUAGAUCAAUCGUAAUUGUUGGACAUUAGAGGAAUCCGCCAGGGUUACAGGGUGAAUUUUUGAGCGACAGUAUUUCCUAGAGAGGUAUAUGACGUGUAUGAGUUUGUGGUAUAAUACUAUAGUGACAAUUUUGGACAGUAAAAAGCAAGAUCGCUUCUCAAUUAAACGAAGCCUCAAACUAAGGAGCACUUAGCCGAAUGCAGUACGAUAAGAUUCCAAUUCAGUUGAAAUGCUAUAUAUUUUCAGCUUACCUCAGAACUAAAGGUCUCUAACAACUAUUUAAUAUGAAUUACUUCCUUUUCAGACUAUUUAAACUUUCUUUAACGUCCAAUACUUCGAAUGGAAACAAACUGUGCUUGGUUACUUAAGUCCCUCUGGCUCAUGAAAACGGAAGAUUAAUACUGCCCCCCCUUUUGUAUUUUUAUCCUUUUAUGGAUAGCCUCCAUCAUUUUAUGAGUAUCUGUUCUAUGUGUGAUACGCGCUCAGGAAUUUGAAAUCGAUGUGAUGACUACGUUGACUUCGUAAACGUAUAUUUAUUUUUGGCUUGCUUAGGAACUAUAUUUCUAAAAACUUUCUGAUCGUUAGUUGUUUUGAUUUUGAACUAUUUAAACUUUGGUUUUGAAUUGUAGUUUACAUGAAAUUAAGGAUGAUCAGCAGUUUUACAUUCAAAUGUUACUGAAUCAACUGAUGUGCUUAGUGACUCAAUUUCUCCAGGCUUUUAAAAAGUGAGAGGUGAAAGUGACUUACCCUACCCCUCUCUGUCUUUGCAUGCAUGGCCUCCUUGUGAUUCGUACGGCGCUCACUAAAUUAGAAUGGAUAACUUGGCUUUACAGACUCUGCUGACUACAUUAGUUCCUUUUCUUUAAACCUUGCCGGUCUGCAUUUGUUCUAAGCGACAAUUCAGCUCUCUUAAAUAGGAGUGUUCUCAUCAUCUCAGCCCGGGUGUGGAUGAAUCUUCAUGUCGUAAUCUCUCAUUUUGUUUUCUUUUCAAACAUGUCAGAUUUUGAGAGGGUGUGGAAGUUACUUAUCUGUACUAAUAAGUAGCACACUACAUUCUAUAUUAUGUACAAUCGGUAUAUAUGUUUUUCAAUUGGAUACCAACAACUCAAUUUUUUUUGUUAAAAAAUAUCUUAAUAAAAGUGUAGGAGAUGAUUUUCUUGAGAAGGGUAAAGCGUAGCUCAUAAGAGGUGUAAAAACGACCAUGAAAACUAACCUGCCCACAGCCAUUUGUUCGACUGAUCAUUUUUUACUGUGUUUCCUUUGAGGAUUUACCGGAAACGUCUGAGGAGCGGCUAACGCUCGAGUUGUCAGCUUCUGAAUCUUUUUGCGCCGGUCAAUUAGAAAUAUCGACUAAGCUGAUUAAAAGGAAACUUUUUAUACCCUCCACCGAUUGGAAGCAGCACUGCAAUAAAUUUUAGAAACUUACUCCCCCGUUUAGUCUAUCGUCUAGUUCAGUUAUCAGUUAAUAAAUAUUGCCUCUUAGUAAUCAGUGCUUUCAAUGAGAUUUGGAGUACGUGGCUACCUCAGUAAAGCGCCCGCCGGAUAUUAAUACGAAAAACAAUUUCCCUCUCGUUGGCCAGUAGUUCCAUUGAGAAAAAACUGGCUCAAAAUCAAGUUUUCGGUGUUAAACUUCGGCAAAAAAAUUGUUAAUUAUCAGUCUCCUUUGUAAUGGAUCAUGGAAAUCUAUAUUAUCACAUGGCCUUACAAGCUGUGCACUAAACUAAAAACAAAAUUAGGGACGGUUUUAUCUAGAAAGAUAACACAGUUAGCGUUUGUCAAUCUUUUGGUAAAAGUCUCUGCAUAGUUCUGUUAUGGUUCAUGUACGUUCACCAAGUUUGAUUGGAUAACUUGACUCUGGUGGCUCUGCUGACUAUUAAUUCCUUCCCUAUUACCAUCCCUCAUAAAAUCAGCGGGGGCUUGAAUGUAUUUUCAUACCUUAUCGUAAUUAGUCAUUUUGUUUUUAUUUUAGAGGAGAUGAAGAGGCACGAAGGUAAUUUAUUUGUUAUCUAUGAUAAUGAAUCCCAAUAACUUUCAUUUUGACAAUGUUUCAAUAUUCACUCUAUGCACUAAACAUUGGAUAUGUAUGCGUGUUUGAUACUAGCAAUUAUCCUCAAUAAUACAUUGAGAAAGAACACGAAUCCUACCGAACUUAUAAUGUACGUAACAGACAAGUUGAUCCGUCAAAUGAGAAAUUCGACAUUGGAACUGGACCUUAAUUAUGAGUUGCAAUACAUGGGAGAAAAACGAACAAAAAUACUAUACACUUAACAUUGGAUAUGUAUUAUGUUUGACAAUACCAAAUAUACUCAAUAAUUCAUUUUCUCUAUUUUAUCAUGGGGCAUUCUCUGGACUUAAACUUGUUUAAGCAUCGUAUUAUAAAUUUAAAACAAUGGCAACAACGCUCUCAAGUUUCAUUGGAUAGCUUGACUCUGGUGGCUCUGCUGACUAUUAAUUCCUUCCCUAUUACCAUCCCUCACAAAAUCAGCGGGGGCUUGAAUGUAUUUUCAUACCUUAUCGUAAUUAAUCCCUUUGCUUUUAUUUUAGAGGCGAUGAAGAGGCUAGAAGGUAAUUUAUUUGUUAUCUAUGAUAAUGAAUCCUGAUAACUUUCAUUUUGACAGUGUUCAAUAUUCACUCUAUGAGCAAAACAUUGAAUACGCAUGUAUGUUUGACCAUAGUUAAUAUACUCAAUAACAUAUUGAGUUUCAUUUUCUUUAUUUUAUCAUAGCGCAUUCUAUGGACUUAAGCUAGUUUAAGUAUCGUUCUAUAAAUUUAAAAACAAUGGCAACAACGUUCACCAAGUUUGAUUGGAUAAGUUGACUCUGGUUGCUCUGCUGACUAUUAAUUCCUUCUCUUUUCCCUUCCCUCAUAAAAUCAGCGGGGGCUUGGACGUACUUUUAUGCCUGAUCGUAUUUUUUUUAUUUUGUUUUCUUUUCAGAACGGUUCAAGGAGAUGAAAGGUAAUUAUUCCGCUGCGCUAAUAAAUCAUAAAAAAUUUCACUAUCGGCACAAAGUUAUCCAAGUAGCACACGAAAGCCGAGAUUGUACACAGUCCAUAUGGAUUUUUUUUCAGUUCCCUUUUAUUUUCACUACGGGGGAAAAAAAGAGGGAAGUUAACAAACUGUGACAAUGGAUCAUGGAAAUCUCUAUUAUCGCACGGCCUUACAAGUUGUGCACUAAGCAAGAAACAAAAGUAGGGACCGUUUUAUCUAGAAAGAUAACGCAGUUACCGUAAAGUCUUAUGGUUCAUGUACGUUCACCAAGUUUAUUGGAUAACUUGACUUUUGUGGUUCUGCUGACUAUUAAUUCCUUCCCUUUUACCUUCCCUCAUAAAAUCAGCGAGGGAUUAGAUAUACUUUUAUACCUGAUCGUAAUUUCUCAUUCUGUUUUCUUUUCGGACCGGUUAAAGGAGAUGGAAGGUAAUUAUUCGACUGUGCUAAUAAAUCAUAAAAAUGUUCUUUAUCGGCAGAAGGUUUUAUCUAAAAAGAUAACGCAGUUAGCGUUUGUCAAUCUUUUGGUAAAAGUCUCUGCAUAGCUCUAUUAUAGUUCAUGUACGUUCACCAAGUUUGAUUGGAUAACUUGACUAUGGUGGCUCUGCUGACUAUUAAUUCCUUCCCUAUUACCAUCCCUCAUAAAAUCAGCGGGGGCUUGAAUGCAUUUUCAUACCUAAUCGUAAUUAGUCAUUUUGUUUUUAUUUUAGAGGGGGCGAAGAUGCACCAAGGUAAUUUAUCUGUAAUCUAUGAUAAUGAAUCCUAAUAACUUUCAUUUUGACAGUGUUUCAAUAUUCACUCUAUGCGCUAAAAAUAGGAUAUGUAUGUGUGUUUGAAACUAGCAAAUAUACUCAAUAAUACAUUGAGUUUCAUGGCAACAACGCUCUCAAGUUUCAUUGGAUAGCUUGACUCUGGUGGCUCUGCUGACUAUUAAUUCCUUCCCUAUUACCAUCCCUCAUAGAAUCAGCGGGGGCUUGAAUGUAUUUUCAUACCUUAUCGUAAUGAAUCUUUUUUUUUUUAUUUUAGAGGCGAUGAAGAGGCUAGAAGGUAAUUUAUUUGUUAUCUAUGAUAAUGAAUCAUAAUAACUUUCAUUUUGACAGUGUUUCAAUAUUCACUCUAUGAGCAAAACAUUGGAUAUGUAUGUGUGUUUGAUACUAGCAAAUACUCAAUAAUGCAUUGAGUUUCAUUUUCUUUAUUUUAGGUGUGCAUUAUUACUGAUGCAUUCCACGUAUAAUGUUUACAUAGCGUAAUUUAAGAGUGUGUCCACGAGAGCACCGGGCAGUCGUGCUACAUGCCAUCUCACCGAUUUCAGUGAAACUUUGCUAGCUUAAGGAGGCUCGAAAGGGUUUUCCACAAUUAACGGCAAGUGCCAAUCAGUAAAAGAUAUCAGGAGUGUCAAACUUAUCAUCAGGAUAAAGACUUGACAUAUGCAUUACACUAUUUUAAGGGCAAUCUUUUAAGGGGGUUCGUCAGACAUCAUCUGUUGCCAUGGCAAAAGUACAGUAGUGCUAAAAGAUCCUCUAAAACUCAGUUUUUGAAAGAUAUCUCAAAAACAAAGGCGGUGACCUUGUUUCUUUUUUCAAAUUUCUAAACAUCAUCACAUUCUCCAUCUGUACACGUGAUAUAAAAAAAACUGUCCAGUAGAACUUGAGUUAUUUAGGAAAAUGCUGUUUUAAAAUGUAAAAAAAAUUCUCAUCAGAUAAAUUUUUUUAAACUUUUCUUCAGGAAUGCGUAAUAGUGAAAAUAAUUUGUACACAAAAAAUCAGGGUAGGUCACCGAGCUAAUUUUCGAGAUACUAGCUUAUCAACUUAGCAAGCUUUAUUUCCGGUUUUCGCAAUUUUAGCUCAAACUUUUGCAUCCGGUCACGCGUUUUAAACGACACCGCUGACUCAACGGCUCAUCUUCGCGAAGACGAGUGCGCGUCCGCGCGAUCAAUCGAUGUCUUCAGCGAAGGAAAAGCCAUCCGAAGGAAAAAGUGUUCGUUCUGAAAAUGGACUCGACUUCUUUAGUGAUUUUACACAUUCCUGAAAAAAAAUUAUUCUUAGAGUCUCAGACUGCUUACCGUUACGACUGUUGGAAAUGUGAAAGUAUUUCGGAGAGAAUUCUCUUGUUUGAAGUCACUCUUGCGGAAUUCGACUUAGGGCGACAAGUGGAUUUUUCUGUUGGCGUCAAUGCAAGUACACCAUACAGGCCAUUGAUGUUGAAUCUGUGGUAUAGAGAUUGUAGUUUAUGAUAAGAAAGACCAGCAUCUGCCAGCUUUUGGACAAUGCUUGAGGAAAGUAUCAGUCAAUUCGAUUGACUGCUUGUCAAUCAACAGAGGCAAAUAAACGACUGUGUUUUCAGACUUUUCGAUUCAUCCAAAUAUUUGAUAACUUUGAGGUCAAAUAUCUCUCCUUGCCAGAAAGUUACAACACUGAUCCAAAUUCCCCUUUAUAAUCCAUCACUUCAUCUCUGAAAACCAUUAAAAAAAUCUUUGGGCACAACCGUAUUUUUGUCUUGGAUGCCUUUUAAAAUCUGCGACUGUGACAAGCUUCUCUCAACUACACUUGUCACGCAAUUCUGGCUCUAGGCGGUCACCUGAUUACAUGAACCUACAUUUUUUAGCUCUUACAAGAUGAUUGAUCAGGAAAGCUGAAAAAUAUGAAAAACUUUCGAGAUAUUUUGCAGGAAUGGAAAAUUUCACGUUUAGAGAGAUGCAUGUAGGCGAAAAAUCGAUAGGAAAACCGUAGCGUUUCUUUCUUCUGUCGUUUAUCACUUUAGAGAUUUGCUAAAAUCAGCAAAUGUGGCAUUUGAACGGCACAAAACAUCCAUUAGCCAGUAAUUUGAUCGUUUAUCACCAUCAUUGCUCAUUUUCGGAAAUUUUUAAAGUCACAUGCUGCGUGUUGUUUGACACUAUUACAAGUUCCAGAGUGCUAAAACACCUGCUUCUACAGACGAGAAAUUCUGCGCUCUCGCUUCCUUCCCUUUCCCCUUCCCUCAUAAAAUCAGCGGGGGCUUGAAUGUACUUUGAUACCCGAUCAUAAUAUCUCAUUUUGUUUUCUUUUCAGAGAGAGAGAAGAGUUUGGAAGGUAAUCUAUGCUAAUAAAUCAUGGAAAUCUUUAUAAUCGACACAAAGUCUCUCAAGUAAAUCAUGGAAAUCUUUAUUUUCGGCACAAAGUCUUUCAAGAAGGACGCGGAAGCCGAGAUUGUACACAAUCCAUACGGAUUAUUUUUCCAGUUUUCUUUUAUUUUCACCGAGGGAGAAAAAAGAGGGAACGUAACUAACUGUGGUAAUGGAUCAAGAAAAUAUCUAUUAUCACACGGCCUUACAACCUAUGCACUUAACGAGAAACAAAAAUAGGGGCAGUUUUAUCUAGAAAGAUAAGGUGGUUACUGUUUGUCAUUCUAUGUUGUAAAUUCUUUAUGCAUAGCUCUAUUAUGGUUUAUGUACUUUCACCAAGUUUGAUCGUAUAACUUGACUAUGGUAGCUCUGCUCACUAUUAAUUCCAUCCCUUUUCCCUUCCCUCAUAAAAUCAGCGGGGGCUUGGAUGUACUUUGAUACCCGAUCAUAAUAUCUCAUUUUGUUUUCUUUUCAGAGAGAGAGAAGAGUUUGGAAGGUAAUUAUCUAUGCUAA